GUUCCAGGAAAAAUUCGAUAUUCAAGAUUCAUUCGGUGUUGGAUUUUGGAUGAGGUGGUAUCAAACAAGGACCGUGUCCAAAGGGGUACAAUGAUGGUGAAUGGGGAUGGAUUCUUGUCCGGUGUUUCAUUUCAUCGUCAUCCUUUCACUCCAUGAGUCGAUGCAGCGUCGCAGCGGCCUGGGCUCAAAUGAGUUGUCACUCCAGGGGCGCGCCGUCACGGCCAGGACUGAGCCGGCUGAGCACCCACAGUGGUGGAGAGAGUCAUGGGAGCCGCACCCUACAUCCCAGCCGGGCGUCGCAAAGCACGAUCAGCCAGCCACGCCCUGGCCCUCCUGGAGGAUUGCCAAGCCUUGAGCCAGCGGCCCCUCGAGCCGCGCCACGACUCACGGCUGAGAUCCUCAGCAAGCUGAACCGAGCGACCCCGAAGUCCUCGGCCAGCGCCAAGCUCGUGGCGGCGAUGGGCGCUUCCUCAGGGCGCCGCGGCUCAGAGACCUCUCAGCGCGUGGUCUCCCUGCCACCGUUGCUGCCGCGCGCGCAGGCCGCGCGGCAGGCGUCGCAGGCCGUGGUGCCAAGGCAGCCUCCACCCCACCCCGCCGGUCCUUCAAGAGAGCUUGCACCCGGGCAGAGCAGCCGGAAGGAAGGAAGUGAGCCACUGGAAGGCCGAGCAAGGAGCGCUGUUCCACCCGCACGGAGCGCACCUCGCGCGCCUCGCGCGCCGGGUAGCCGGAGCGCGGCCGCGCGGCGCAACGAUGCUCCAGUGGUCGGGCUCGACUGGUCGUCAGCCAAGGCUUGGCAUGCGACCGAGCAUUUGUUGCAGCGCUUGGUGGGGGGCGCCUCCCCACAGCCGCCACAAGCUUGUCCGCACUGCCGGAGAAAGUUCCAACCACAGUCUCUGACACGACACGCCAACGUGUGCGUUCACGUCUUCCAGAAGCAGCGGAAGGCCUUUGACGCCUUGCGCCAGCGAGUGCCACUGGAGCUGCUGACGAGGGUCCGGCGACAGAAGCAUCGUCGCGAGGUGGGCCGCAUCCCCUCCCAAUGGCGGCAGCGGAGCAAAGCCUUCCGCACGGCGAUCCGCGAGGCGCGAGCAGCGAGUCUCUCGAAGGUACGGCCGCUGCGGCGGAAUAGUGCUGGGGAUUUGGAUGAGAAAUCGCCCUGCCCCCACUGCGGCCGGAAAUUCACUGAGAUUCACUUGGCAAAGCAUGCGCCUGUGUGUCGGGCGCAGGUGGGACAGAACGCGGUGACCAGGGGGCGAGCCAUGUGACGAGUGAACCGAGGGUUUGAGAGCUUUGGGAGGGUGGUUUUUUGGGGAAGAUGUUCGGAUGGGUGGACACCUGGAAGAAGGAUCAUGAUCUUCCUUGCUUUUUGAAACAGGUCUUCGAUGACAUGUUCUCUCUACCCGGGGCGUAGUAGGGGUGUAGACUUGAGAACAUCAUUCAAAUUGGGAGUCAAUUUGUAUGUUUAAAAGACUACCCCUUUCGAACUCAACUCGCGGGAUCUCGUCGCAGGAUCUCGCUUGUGUUGAGAUCAAUUGGAUUGCUGAAGUUUCGAGUCAUGCGCUGUAUUGGUUCACUUCCUGAAAUGUUGGAAUCCCUGUUCGACCUGGGCUUUUGAGGUCGCAAAAGCUGGAGAAAUCCAUGCCAUGGAUCCAAUUGACACCUGGUCUAUGGAGCAGACAUCCGCCCCGUUUCGAGAGUCUACUGACACUGGGGCCUUCCUUGAGAUGUCAAUAGGCCAAUAGGUGCACACGCAUACUAAACAAUGUAUUGCUAUAUAAGUAUAUAUAUAUAUAUGUAUUAUUAUACAUAAAUUGCCGGACUCUACAGAGAGAGGGAGGUAUGUAGUGUGUGUAUAUAUAUAUAUUCAAGAGGCUGUUGGGAUUUGUUGGGCGUGGAGUGGUACCUUGUUGCUGAUGAGAUGGUCCUGAUAGCCGCUGGGGCGGACUCUUCAACCUACAGAUUUGCUCUCAAGAUGGGCAAACGGGAGAGGAGAAGUGAAUACCCCUUGUUUCGUUGUCAUGGGGUCCUCUAUGUUUGAGAGGUGUCCAUAAUGGCAUGGUAGGCAGCAUGUAGAGGGUCCGAUGAAACACAGAACCCUUUGGCAUUGUCGAUGCCAAUGAACUAGAGCAGAAUGUUUCAAGCACUUCGUCUUCUAGAUAGGUCGCAAGUUGAUUGGUUUGCUCGGAGACGCUGUGCAUCUUGGCUAAGGGGAGUCAACACCCCGAAAUCACACCAUAUCCGUCCCAUCAUGCAAGAGUGGAAGGCUAUAAGACCACCAUUUGAACGGCUCAGCCCGCACGGCAUUUGCGGUUUUCAAUAAAAGACAUCGACCCUGACCCUGCAACCUGCUUUAUGAGUCUAUGAGAGACUCUUCAGCCUUCAACCUGCGAUGCACGGCGAUGCAUGGCCCACUUGGUCAGGUUCCUCUGGUUCAACGCGUGGCGCAGACGCGGCCAGAGAACAUCCGUGCAGCUGGCUGUGCUGUGGGAGGCGCGCACGACACGCGGCCGUGGUGAAGGAGCCACCGGUCUGGGUCUCGGGGAUCUCCGUCCAGCGGCUGUUCCUGCCCCGAGCAACGAAACAUAUCCUAGUCCUCUAGGUGAAAGCGGAUCUUGUAACUUGUCAAGAGGAUUUGUUUAGGUGAAAGACUGUUGUUGUUUUCUUGUUUUUUAAAUGAUGUCUUGUAACUUGUAACUGUUUCUCGUUCGCGGCCAUCAGGUUGACUGGGUGAAACGUCUAUCAGACAUGAUGUUUCAGGUUUAGGGUUUAGGGA